GUUAGAGUGGCCAAGGCAGGUCUGGAACAGAUGAGGGUCUGUGGACGGUCAGCCCACACCAGAAUCUCCUGAAAGUGCGUGUCUGAUGGCCCCUGCAGUCCAAGCCGCCAGAGACUGCAUCUCUUCAGCUUCCUGGCACUAUCUUACAUGAAAAGUACAUCCCGAGUCGCUGUGUAUCCUCAGUGACCCUUUUCUGCAACCAUUCCUUCCCUCCCGCCUCCGCAGGAAACAGAUCACACUCCUAGAUUCGGGACCCCACAGGGCUCCUGGGCAGGCAAAUGGGAAUCUCACACUGGGGGGAGGCAGGAGCCUCUGGGCUCACAUUGAUGUGGAGCUGGGAAAUUUGGGGUCUUGGCGAAAGAGGAUCCCCUACACAAGCAUCUCUCCUGUAUUUCCAGUUCAUAGACAGUGUCUGCAUAUGUGAGUCUCCCACGCCAGGUCCUCACCCUGCCUUCACACUUGUGCAGACCUACCCCUACCCACACUUGCGAAAGGCCUACCCCUUUCCUUCCCGAGGGUGUCCUGAGGGCAUGGGUCUGCACCCUGCAGCCUGGUGUGGGGCUGCCUUGUCUGUCUCAGGCUCCUCACAGCCUCUAUGCAAUUAGCUUCACUUCAGCACAGCCCGGUGAGGACGUUAUGCAGGCGCUCAGAACCUUGGUCUACUUUCUCUGGCAUGUUGCAAGUGCUCAGUGCUUGGUCGUGGAAUUAAUGCGAAGAUAACCCUGUCUGCUGAAUGGUGGGUCUCACACUCUAAUUUGCCUGUUUUAUAGAGAAUUUUCACAGAGAGUUUGCCUGACCCGAGGCUCACGUGUUUGAAAUUCACCCUGACUAGCUCGACUCUCUCUGGCUCUCUGCUGCUGGCCUUGUCUGUCUGAAGGAGCUGGAGGUAGAUUGCCAUCACGCUCACUAAUGGCAUCAGUGAUAGUUGAAGUUGAUUCUCUCCUCCAGGGCCAAGUUCAGCAGGAAGCAGAGAGAGGAACUGGCCUCCAUGCUCCCAACAGUGGCCUGCAUCCACAGAGGCUUGUUCCGUUCCUGUGCUGGACUCUCUGUGCGCAUGACCAGCAGUGGGAUAGGCCAAAAGGGCAUCCUGGCCAAUCGGGUGGCCGUGGUCACGGGGUCCACUGAUGGGAUCGGCUUUGCUAUCGCCAGGCGCCUGGCCCGGGAUGGGGCCCACGUGGUGGUCAGCAGCCGGAAGCAGCAGAACGUAGACCGGGCAGUGGCGGCGCUGCAGGGGGAGGGGCUGAGUGUGGUGGGCACCGUGUGCCACGUGGGGAAGGCCAAGGACCGGGAGCGACUGGUGGCCACGGUCGUGGAGCACUGUGGGGGUCUCGACUUACUGGUGUGCAGUGCAGGUGUCAACCCGCUGGUGGGAAGCACCCUGGGGGCCAGUGAGCAAGUGUGGGACAAGAUCCUGGAAGUGAAUGUGAAGGCCCCGGCCCUGAUACUGAGCCAGCUGCUGCCCCACAUGGAGAAGAGGGGGUAGGUUGCAGGGUGGGGGUGGGGACUGGUGGGGAGCCAGGGCAUGAACUGAGUCUAGAGAACAUGGGGCCAUAGCCGGGAGGGGAGGACAAAAGAGGUGUCCCUGAGGCCUCCACAUCCCCCUCCCUCUGUUCUGCCUCACCUUUUGUACAGCUAUGGCUUCUAAUUCUAGUGGCUGUAUGAUGAGGGUGAUGUCCAGGGGCUCAGGCAUGCUCUCGUUGGCCUUGACAUCACCAUGUUUGGGAAAGGGCUGUGCUUUUAGCUCCUUAGCCUUGGGCAGGUCAUUUUCACCCUCACCUACUCUGAUUCUCUCACAGCUGGACAAUGCCUUUUCACCAGCUUACAGUCUGGGACAGGGUCUGCCCCUUUGCUCCCGGCAGGGAGAGGUCCAUCCCACGCCCCUCCUCACUCCCUGCUUCUCAGUCUCCAGGGAGCCUGCUGUUCUAGGCAGGACCUGUUCUAGGUCCUGCAUAUCUGACUGCACUCCACACAUAGUCUCAGGGGUCUGAGGUUAGGGACUUGGGCCACCACCUCCCUCAGCAUGUAGCUACUCCUCCAGUAUGUCCUCCAUGCAGACAUACCCUUCAGGAACUGGCCUGGGGACUGUCUUGGAUAGAAGGAAAAAUUCCUGACUCUCAUUUCUUGUCUCUUCCAGCCCCAUCUACUUGUUAGAGGCCGCCCAUUGAUAGGCAUUCACUGUCACCAAGGCCACUCUGCCCCCUUUCCCAAGCACCUGGCUGUCUGUUCUUCACUACCCCAGGGAUAGGCAGAAGAGUGUAAUGGUUCAAAGUAGAGACAUUGGGUCAGAGAGAGAUAGGGUUGGAUUCCCAGCUCUGCCACUUAUUGGCUCUGUUGCUAAGCCCUGCUGAGCCUGUUUGCUCAGCUGGGAAAUGGGGAUAAUAACAGGAACUGUAUGGCUGUUGUGAGGACCACAUUAUUCAAUGACUAUAAUCAUUAAAAUGUUAUAAUUAUAAUUUUUUAUCUUUUAGAAAUAAUAGUGGCACCUAAGUCCGUGGUAAGUUAUUGGUUUCCUGUCUCCCCUGUGUCUGUCUGUCUCUCAGGAGGGGGCGGUCAUCCUGGUCUCCUCCGUUUCAGCAUAUGUACCACAUGUGGUGAGUUGUUGCUUAUGUGCUCCUGGUAGGAUUAGGGGAAGGGGUCCCCACAACGCCACAGGGACAACGUUUGGGAUAGACCCACACUUUACUCCUGCUGCCCUAGGCUGAGCUGAUGCCCAUGUGGCUGCUGGGUCCCUCAGAUCCAACUUCUGUUCUCAGACCAGGCUGGGGAGAGUGUGUCUGAGUUCUGUGCUUGGGCCAGGGUGGGAUCAUCUGUAGGAGAGAAAUCCAACUGAUGUGUUCCUCUGCUUCCCUAUAUCCUUAAAAAAAUUUUUUUUUAAGUUUAUUUAUUCAUUUUGAGAGAGACAGUGUGGGAGGGAAGAGAGAGAGAAUCCCAAGCAGGUUCUGCACUGUCAGCACAGGCCCUGAUGUGGGGCUCAAACCCAUGAACCAUGAGAUCAUGACCUGAGCCGAAGCCAAGAGUCGGACACUUAACCGACUGAGCCGCCCAGGUGCCCCUGCUUCCCAAUAUCCUAAUCACUGUCUUGAUUCCCUUCCCAGGAGCUGGGUCCCUACAACAUCAGUAAGACGGCCCUGCUGGGCCUCACCAGGACACUGUCAUUGGAGCUGGCCCCCAAAGGCAUCCGGGUGAACUGCCUGGUUCCAGGAAUAAUCAAGACUGACUUCAGCA